AUGGUCAUUGAGUUAAAAUGUCAAACCGAAUGGGUUACCUUUGUGCAAAAUAUCACACUAGUGAACUUUAAAGGGCUAACUUCAGAAGAAUUGCUAUUGUCAGGACAUUUGGUGGAAAAUGACUCUAUUCAAUCACAGACAUACAAGGAAUCUUUGAAGACAACUAACAAACGCAAUUCACCUAAAAGACAAAGAUUUGCUACGCCAGAUACAGAUGUCAGUGCCAAAAGUAGUGAAGCUGGAGAACUUGCAGAAGACUUGCUCUUGAUCGUUAUGGUAUUUGUGGUAAGAUAUAACAGAAUGUGUUCUGCUACCAACCAAAUUGAAACUCAAACGCUGGAUGGAAACAGCACGAUAGACUUACAAUCGGUGUCUCAUAGCAGUUGA